AUGAAUGCUUUAGAGGUACAACUUUUCAAUUAUGUAAACAAACACACCAGGACUGUGAAGUUGGAGGGAAAUCAGAGAAGUAGUGGCGCUGCCGCUGCGGUGGUUAUGGUAACGCAACGUGCAAAAAUGUCGCAACAGGAAAUAAGCAACUCUCCACAAUUUGACUUGAGAAGGUUAAAUAUGACCUCAAUUAAACACUUAUUAUAUUAUGAUUUAUACAAGGUCGAUUCACUCAUCUAUCUUAAAGAAUCUCCUUUUACUCCAACAACCUUUCUGUGCGCUGCAGUGUUAAAAAGAGACCUAAAACUGAUAGAUUUUUUGGUAUCUCAGAAAGCUAAUAUUAAUUUAAACAUUUCGGAUAAAACUGCUUUACGGUUAGCAAUCGAAGUGGACGAUAUUGAAAUAUGCAGAAGAUUGUGUCAGCUAGGUGCUGAUGUUAAUUUAACGCAUCCAUUAACUGGUUUCUCACCACUAAUGGAGGCUGUGUAUACAAGAAAGUAUGAAAUUUGUAAAUGUUUGAUUGAAUACGGUGCAAAUAUCAACGCAGAAAACUCAGAAAAUGGCUUGCGUCCAUUGCAUUAUGCUUGUAUGUCAGAAGAUAAUAAGCGAAUAGCAAAAUUGCUGUUGGAUAAUCAAACAAAUAUUAAUAGUAAUCUAACAACAGGUGAACUCAAGCUAAAAUUCGCCGCUCUCAAUAGAAGUCAUGCAACCUUUAUGGAAUUAAUCAAUCAAGGGGCUAAUGUUAACUACACUGGCCAUUGUAGUGAUCAGUCGAUAUUGUUUUACACAGUAAAUUAUACCGUGGAUGAUAAAAUUUCAGAAUAUCUCUUGAGUUUAGACGAACCAAUGACUGAUGUUAAUGUUCGAUUUGAGAUGAAUCGGACUUUACUCCAUUUCCCACGGUCACGUUAUAUUCCAGGUAAUCAGAUUUGCCAACUUCUUCUUGAUGCUGGCAUCGACAUAAACGUUGAAGAUUCCAAUGGAAAACUUAUGAUUGAGUACGAUAGGCCUCGUAGUUUUCAAAGAUACGAUAUUGUAUUUAUUAAACAGCACAUUGUGAAGCUAAUAACAGCUGGGUUGACAGUAAGUGAAAAAAAUCGAGAAGCUUUGGCGGGAGACUUCGAGGAUAUUCGGGAUUUGUGUGAUAAAGAGUUUCAAAAAAUGAAAAUCGAUAAAGUUGGGUCAAGUCAUAUCAAAUUUUCGGACGUUUUAUCGAUGAGUGUUCGUUACUUGGCGAUCCGACUGAAAUUUAUGUGCGUGGAUCAAGUUAUUGUCAAGCAAAAAUUGCAGAGUGAAUAUCCGCUGUACGGAGGGAUGAUUUUUUACAAAUUGUCUAAGGUUAAUCGCAGGAUUGGAUACUUGGAAAUUGUAGAAAAUCUUGUGGGGGAAAUUUUGUGUGAUGCGGGACUGCCAUAUAAUUUCGUUCGGGAAUUAACAGCAUACACGAGGCAUCAAAUUUUAGAGCUUGAAAAAGAGUUUCAUGUCAAUAAAUAUUUAUCAAGGCGACGAAGGAUCGAAAUUGUUCAUUCUUUAGUCAAUUCACUCAUCUACCUUGAAGAAACUCCUCUUAUUCCAACAACCUUUCUGUGCGCUGCAGUAUUAAAUAGAGACCUAAAACUGAUAGACUUUUUGGUAUCUCAGAACGCCAAUAUCAAUUUAAACAUUUCAGGUAGGACUGCUUUACGGUUAGCAAUCGAAAGGUACGAUAUUGAAUCAUGGGAGAGAUUGUGUCAGCUGGGUACUGAUGCUAAUUUAACGCAUCCAUUAACUGGUUUUUCACCACUAAUGGAGGCUGUGUAUACAAGAAAGUAUGAAAUAACUGAAUGUUUGAUUAAAUACGGUGCAAAUAUUAACGCAGAAAACUCAAUAAAUGGCUUCCGUCCAUUGCAUUAUGCUUGUAGGACACAAUUUAAUGAGAGAGUAUCGAAGUUGCUGUUGGAUAAUCAUCCAGAUUUUGAUAGUAAUCUAAAAACGGGUGAAUUCGCGCUAAAACUUGCUAUUUGGAGUAGAAGUUAUGGAACCGCUAUAGAUUUAAUCAACCACGGGGUUGAUGUUAACUUCACUGGCUUUUUCAAUGAUCAGUCGAUAUUGUUAUGCGUAGUAAUUACUUCCAUGCACACUGAAAUUUUAGAAUACCUCUUGAGUUUAGACGAACCAAUGACUGAUGUUAAUAUUCGACUUGAGAUGAAUCGGACUUUACUCCAUUAUCAACGGUCAUAUUGUAGUUCAAGCGAUCCGAUUUGCCGACUUCUUCUUGAUGCUGGCAUCGACAUAAACGCAGAAGAUUCCAAUGGAAAACUUAUGAUUGAGUACGAUGUCAAUCGAGGUUUUCCAAAUGACGAUACUGUAUUGAUUAAACAGCACAUUGUGAAGCUAAUAACAGUUGGGUUGACAGUAAGUGAGAAAAAUCGUCGAGCUUUGGUAGAAGACUUCACGGAUAUUCGGGAUUUGUGUGACAAAGAGUUUCGGAAAAUGAAAAUUGAUAAAGUUGGGUCAAGUAACAUGAAAUUUUCGGACGUUUUAUUGAUGAGUGUUCAUUACUUGGCGAUCCGACUAAAGUUUGCGUGCGUAAAUCAAGUUAUUGACCCGCAAAAAUUGCAGAGUGAGUAUCCGCUGUACGGAGGAAUGAUUUUUUAUAAAUUAUUCAAGGUUAACCGCAGAAUUAGAUACUUGAAAAUUGUAGAAAAUCUUGUGGGGGAAAUUUUGUGUGAUGCGGGACUGCCAUAUAAUUUCGUUUGGGAAUUGUGGUAUUAUUUUACUAAUGUUGAAAAUUAA